UCUGUGGAAGACACGAUCGACUGGCAUCAUCCCCGACAUCGACAUUCAUCAUCCUCUCCAGUGGUGUUUUUAUCACAGAAGGACUCUGUAAAAUCUGUGAAAAUGAAACUGGCCAUCCUGUGCCUCUGUCUGGCUAGCUCAGCCUCAGCUGCGCCUUCCUUCUUUCAUUACCUGCCUCAUUACGCAGGUUCCAGACAGCAGGUACCACCUUCACAGGUGAAAAACCCGUUCGCAGCUCUACCACAACCUGGAAUACCUGGCGCCUACAGUGUGGAACUAAUUUAUCCCCACAGAUUUCCUGGUACAGGUGGAUCAAACGCUGGACAACCCUUUCCCUCUCAUGGUUUCAUCAAAUACUCCAUUCCUCAGCCACCAGGCAGACAGAGUGUGGAAGUCUACUACCCCUAUGACUUCUCCCAGCAAAGGAUAAUGACAAACAUGCCUCCUAUGACAAAUGUCCCUCACAUGCCAAAUGUGCUCCCAUUUGAUUAUCCCCCUCAAAAUAUUCCUCAGCAAAUCCCAAAUAUUCCCUCAUUUGAUCCUCUGCCAUCCCAGGAUCCCCUGCAACCUCUCCAGCAGGACCAGCCCACACAGACAAGCCAGAUGCCGACAAAGGCGUGAAGUGGAUGAGAGGCAUGAAAAGGAGACAAAAAUAUUUUCCUCCCUAACAUUCAGACAUCUGAAACUGGUUUAAUAGUUUGAACUGAGUCUGCUUCUGCAACACGUGGAUAUGCUUACUAAAGUUUAAAAAAUGCUAACAUGAUCAUAGAAUAACCACUUUUUUAUGAAUAUUAAUUUUACUAUAGUAAAGUAAAUGACAGUGUCUGCAUAAUGAAACAGAUUUCUGAAGAAUUUUCUGCUUUACUUAAUAGUUUUCUUAGCUUUCCAAUAUUGUUGUAUUGAUGAAGCACUCUGUAAUGCUGCAUUUCCACAGUGUAUAACAAAUGUGCUUCAUAUGUUUAUUAACUCAUUUCACUUAAAUAUCAUUUUCCUUAAGAAUUAAAAGUUUUC